UGUAAAUUAACAAACGAGGGCGGAGUUUAAGCAGAUCCAUGUUUGCCGCUCCAACCCACUCAUGGCCGCUAUAAUCCGCGCGGGAAAACGAGCUGUCGUGAGUAGGAGGAGUAGAUUCUGCUUAUUUUUUGGUUCCCGAAACGAAAGAUUCCUAACGAAACGCACAGGAAAGUAAAAUGUCUUCGCUUACUAACAAGUCUGCGGCGGAACUAAGCGAACUGUUGGAUGAAUAUGGAAUCAAACAUGGACCCGUGGUCGAUUCCACCAGAAACCUAUAUGAGAAAAAGCUCAAAGAAGCCAUGGCGAAGGGGAAAACAGCGAAACCGUCAUCUGAUAAAACCUACUACAGAGAAGAAGAAGAAGAAGUCACUUAUGUUUACAAGACACCGACCAGAGUUGACGACUUUGCAGAGAGUGGGACCUACAGGAGAUCCAGACCGGAAUGGACUGAGAGGGAAUAUGUGCAUGAGACUUCCUACUCGGGCUACUCGCAGAAGAAGCCCGACUACAAAGGGAGGGAUCUUGUUGAUGAACCCUACAUGUACGACACACCGUCCAAGUACAGUAAUUCCUAUUUGAAAGCUACGCCCAUGAAGUCUAGUCAGGAGGCUCCGAAGGCGCCCAAGUCCUCUCGCCUCAUUCCUCUCUGGAUCCAGUUUGUCAUCUUCCUUGCUGUGGCCGUCUUCCUCUACUUGGUUUUCUCCAACAUGGAGACUCCUGAAUCCUUGAAAGGAUUGGAAUAAUUUUAUUGGCUUAAUAUUUUGGGGUUUUACACAUUUAUUCUGCAUUUAAAAUUUGGGGAAUGUACGUAUUUUAAACAAAGCUGAAGUUUUGGUUUAUGCCGUAUUUGUGAUUAUUUUUUUAGCUGACACUGCUUGCUUAUGUCCAGCUACUUGUGAAGGUGAGAAUGUCCUUUUAUUAUGUUUGUGAUGUUCAUUGCAGCACCGUGUUGAGCGCUGAGGUGGGACAAAGUAAAAAACACACACCUAGUCUCUUCUGUAAGUGUAGCUUUUAGCUCGUCAUCCAUUCAGGUACCUGAAGCGUGAUCAAAUAAUCUCAAGCCAGGCUACCAUUGGCUGUUGGCUUUAAAAACAAACUGCAGAUUUUAAUGUCAGAUUCUGAAUAAGAAACAUUUUUACCCAAAAAAGCUUUAAUUUACUGACUUUAUUCAUUAUUAAUAUGACAAAUUUUGUUUCUAUGUGCUCAAAAUGCUGUGUAAGUAGUUCACACAGACCUGAUGCUUCCAUGUUAAUCUCAUAUUUGGGCCAGAUUUAAAAUCCAAGUGCCUUUGUGUUUUAAUAAUUGUCUGUAAAUAGGGUUUGUGUGUUAAAUAAAGGAGGGUUUCAAAGUACAAACUUAUGAAAAUGCACUAGAGUGGCUGUAAUUGUUUACUUUACACCACUUUGUAUCAUCCAUGCAUUUUCCAAGUCUGUCGUUUGUUUUGUACUUCUUGGUUUCAUAAUGUAAUAAAGAGCUUGAAUACGGAAA